AUGGAAGGAAAAAAUAUCUUACAUAUGAAUACUGGCAAUGGAGAAUUAAGCUAUGCCCGUAACUCGCUUCUUCAGGAAUCUGUGACAAGGAAAGCUCUUUCAGUUUUAAAUCUUGCAAUCAAGAAUAUGGCUGAUCUUGGCAUCAUCUUCAGUCAGUGUGUCAAGAUAGCAGAUAUGGGAUGCUCCUCUAGUGUAAAUUCACUAUUGGUUGCAUCCAACAUUAUCGAUAUAGUCAACAAGCUGUGUGAAGAAAAUAAUCAAAAAGCACCACAGUUUGAAUUUUACUUAAAUGACCUUUUCGGAAAUGAUUUCAAUACCAUUAUCAAAAUGAUACCCAACUUCUAUUCAAACCUUAAGAAGGAUCAGGGAGAACAUUCUGGCCAUUGUUUUGUUUCAGCUACCCCUGGUUCAUUUUAUGGCAGACUCUUUCCAGACCAAAGCAUGCACCUUGUUCACUCCUCUUACUGUCUUCAUUGGCUUUCUCAGGCACCUGAAGGUAUUGAAAACAACACAACGAAUAUAUACAUCGCCAAAUCAAGUCCCCCAAAUGUGUUUGAAGCAUACGAAAAGCAAUUUCAGAACGACUUUAGAAACUUUUUACAGGUACGCUCUCAGGAAAUAGUACGAGGUGGAUGCAUGGUAUUAACUUUUCUUGGUCGGAGUAUGGCUGACCCAACCUGUGAUGAUUGUAUCUAUCUUUGGCAUCUACUAGGGCUAUCACUUCUAGAUUUGCUAAAAGAGGGAUUGAUCCAAGAAUCAGAUUUGAGCUCAUUCAAUAUGCCAUACUAUACUCCAUACGAGGAUGAAGUUAGGAAUAUUAUUAGAAAUGAAGGGUCGUUCUCUCUUGACACCUUGAAUGUUUUUCAAGUCAACUGGUAUCCAAUCAAGACGAAUGAUGAUGAUGAUGCAAAUGCAAAAGAUUUUAAUGAGCCAAGCCAUAUCUAUGGGAAAAAGACAGCAAAAGCCAUUAGAGCUGCUGUGGAACCAUUUUUGACGUCUCAUUUUGGAAAUUCCAUUAUGGAUGUCCUAUUUAAAAGGGUGUUCACUGAUGGAAUCCAAUCCAACCUUGCUCUCCACACAAAACAGUUCACUUUGAACGGGAUCCAGUUGCACCACAUAAAGGCUUCAUCAGGUAUCGAGUGGCUUGCCCGCUCGAUCCUUCCUAUUAGAGGGACGACUCUAAAUUUCCCAUCAAACACAAAGUUUGAAUCCCAUCCCGUAUCCACCUGUUUCCAUCGAAUCACUUCCGUGUUUGCAAUGGAAAAUUUGUUUCCAUCGAAUCACUUCCGUGUUUGCAAUGGAAAAUUUACCAAUAGAACUUUUACAUUUAUCAAUGUUCCGCCAAACUUCGCUUAG